AUGGGAGCUAUGCUCCAGUCAGCGCUGCUUCUUGUCUCGGCCGGAAUGCAGGAUGCAGGUUCACUGGCAAAGCUCGUGUGGAUCGGCGCCGGUGGCUGCUCUCCAAUCCUGCUUUUGACGGUGCCGUACGUGAUUGUGCUUCGUCGGUCGCGGCUCCGUGGAGCUGCGGGACCGCUGGCUUUGGCUUCGGUGGGUGCUGUAUCGCAGGCGGCGCGAGUUUUCUGGCGUGGGCCAGGCCACGAGCUUCAGCUUCGCCUGGGCGCCGAACCUGUGAUCCUGGGCUUGGGCGGCGCAGCAGGAGUCUGGGCAGGCGUACUUUGCAGCCGCGCCAUCGCCUGCGAUCGCGAUGGGGCAUCUCGUGUGAUGGAGUGUGCUCCUUCUCCUGCUGCUUAG